GUGUUGAGCGCCGUUGUGUAUAUACGGCCCACUUCGUCGCUUUAUUUCGAAAUGACAAAAUUGCAAAUGGCACCCCGGUCCAGUGGGCACAGCUUAGCUCUGGACUGAUACAUUCCUGGACACGUCCCUUCCGAUUGGCCAACGCGCUAGCAAAGGGAAGCAUGGAGCGAGUGUUCGCCUCGGGAGUGGCGGCCAGGCUGAGGAGCCAGUGGGACCGCGAUGAAGGGUUUGGGCAAAAUGACAAGGCUCUCAAGUUCCUAGGCCAGGACUUUGAGUCCCUGCGAGCCAGCUGCCUGCAGAGACGCUGCCUGUACAUCGACGACGCCUUUCCCGCCCAGCCCUCCUCACUGGGCUUCAAGGAGCUUGGGCCGCAGUCCUCCAAGACGCAGGGGAUCCGCUGGAUGCGGCCCACGGAAAUCUGCCACAACCCACAGUUCAUUAUAGAUGGAGCAACUCGAACCGACGUCUGCCAGGGAGCCCUGGGCGACUGCUGGCUCCUGGCGGCCAUCGCCAGCCUGACGCUGAAUGACAACCUGCUGCGCCGAGUGGUGCCUCACGGACAGAGCUUCAGCCACGAAUAUGCCGGAAUGUUCCACUUCCAGAUCUGGCAGUUCGGCGAGUGGGUCGACGUGGUGAUUGAUGACCGGCUGCCGGUGAAGGACGGGAAGCUGCUGUUCGUGCACUCCGCGGAGGGCGGCGAGUUCUGGAGCGCUCUCCUGGAGAAAGCAUACGCCAAGCUGAAUGGCUGCUAUGAGGCUCUGUCGGGGGGGAGCACAUCGGAGGCCUUUGAGGACUUCACUGGCGGCGUCACAGAGAUGUUCGAGCUGAGGAAGCCCCCAGCGGACCUCUACGGCAUCAUCGGCCGCGCCGUGGAGAGGGGCUCCCUGCUCGGCUGCUCCAUAGACAUCACGAGCCGGUUUGACAUGGAAGCCGUGACAUUUAAGAAGCUGGUGAAAGGACACGCCUACUCCAUAACCGGGGUGGACGAGGUGGCGUAUAAAGGCACACCGACCAAACUGAUUCGGAUCCGAAACCCCUGGGGGGAGGUGGAGUGGACCGGGCCCUGGAGUGACAAUUCUAGGGAAUGGAGCGGAAUUGACCCAUCUGUCAGAUCUGGGCUGCACAACCGCAGUGAGGACGGAGAGUUCUGGAUGUCCUUCUCAGACUUCAUGCGGGAGUUCAGCCGCCUGGAGAUCUGCAACUUGACGGCCGAUGCCCUAGAAGCGGCACGUGCAAAGAAGUGGAGCACGGUGCUGCACGCGGGCGAGUGGCGGAGGGGCAGCACUGCCGGGGGCUGCAGGAACUACCCCGCAACGUUUUGGCUCAAUCCACAGUUCAAGGUUGCGCUGCAGCAUCCCGACUCAGACGGACAACCCGGCUGCAGCUUCGUAGUUGCGCUCAUGCAGAAGGACCGGCGCCGGCUGCGACGGGAGGGCAAAGACAUGGAGACUAUCGGAUUUGCCAUCUAUGAGGUUCCAGAUGAAUACAUGGGAAAGGCCGGAUUGCACCUGAAGCGGGACUUCUUCCUGACGCACGGCUCAAGCGCCCGCUCCGAGCUCUUCAUCAACCUGCGGGAAGUGAGCUCGCGCUUCUGCCUGCCGGCCGGCGAGUACAUCGUCGUGCCCUCCACCUUCGAGCCUCACAAGGAGAGCGACUUCGUGCUCAGGGUCUUCUCAGAGAAGCCAGCCAACUCAGAGGAACUGGACGAUGACGUCACAGCAGAUCUUCCCGAUGAGGUCCCCCUGGAUGAGAGCCAGAUAGACGCUGGGUUCAAGAGUCUCUUUAAGCAGCUGGCUGGUCCGGACAUGCAGAUAGGCACUGCUGAGCUGAGGACCAUCCUUAACAGAGUCAUCAGCAAGCAUAAAGAUCUGAAAACGGAUGGUUUUGGAAAAGAGGCGUGUCGCAGCAUGGUGAAUCUCAUGGACACGGACGGCAGCGGCAAACUCGGGCUCAUGGAGUUUCACGUGCUGUGGGAGAAGAUAAAAAAAUACCUGACUGUGUUCAGGAAGUUUGAUCUGGACAAAUCAGGCACCAUGGGCUCGUACGAAAUGCGGAUGGCACUCGAGUCUGCAGGGUUCAAGAUCACAAACCACCUGUUCCAGCUGAUCAUCCUGCGCUAUGCGAAGCCUGACCUCAACGUGGACUUCGACGGCUUCAUCACUUGCCUUAUCCGGCUGGAGACCAUGUUCAAAACCUUCAGAAUGAUGGACACAGACGCAGACGGAGUCGUUUCUCUCAACUUCUUCCAGUGGAUCUCGCUGACCAUGUUUGCCUGAAGCAGCAGACACUGCCAGCUGUGCUUCUAUUACAAUGUGCCUGCGCCUUUAUUUCAUUGCUCUCUGUUGCCGAGGUCCUUGGACGUUUGUAGCCUUACUUGUGUGCAUCUCCCAGCAUGUUUACAGGCUAUUAGUGCAUGUGCCAAAAGGCCUGUAAUUGACAGAGCGCAGUCCACACCUCUGUUCUGCCACUUCUUCUUUAGCUAUGGGGAAAAAAACCACUCACACCCAGAAUGGCGUCUCUGAUCAAACUGACCACCGAUCGCCAUCUUUCAUCUGAGCAAACUGCUGCUGUCUUGUGGCAUUUAUGCCUCAUAGCGGCUGUAUGGAUGGGACAUCACUAUGUUCCACAUUCUGCUACCAAAGUCGGCCUAAUCCAAUGAGCUGUAUUUUGUUUACAUUUUGAUACAUGGAGGCUUGGGCGUUUCUGCAUUUUUUUUGUUAUGGAUAAUAGUAAAUAAACCAAAGAUUUUUAGCAUUUCUCCAAA